GGGGGUUGAGGGGAGGGUGUUGGGGGGGGGGGGCUUUUGCCAUUUUUUCCAUCUCUCUCCCUAUCCUUCUCCUCUCUCUCCAUCACCCUCUCUCUACCUCUCUCUCUCUUUUUUCUCUGCUCUCCUUUCUCAAAAAAGCCAUGACGGCGAUCCCGCGAUCCAUCUUCGCCUCCGCGCCAUCUUUGUAUUAUUUCUAAUUUAUUUUCUUUUUUUCCCUUUUUCUCGUGGAUGUCAAAGGCGUUGGAUGAAGACAUUCUUUGCCCCACUGGAGUCUCCUCUCUAACCCCGGCUCUCCCCGAUGUGAUCCGCGCUGAACGCCGCCGCCGCCGCCGCCAGCCACCAUGUCUCGCCGCAAGCAAGGCAAACCCCAGCACUUAAGCAAACGGGAUUUUUCGCCAGCCGAACCCCUCUCCUCGGCCGUCGUCUCGUCGGAGGAGUUGUCGGAGCGCUGCUCGGAGAACUCGGAAGAAAGCGGCAGCCUCAACGGGCACCACCACCCGGGCUCGGCCGUGGGCCGGCUGGCCCGGCUGGGUCACGACGCCCACGGCUCUCUGGAGCAGGACCUUCUGACCUGCGGCCAGUGCCAAGCCACCUUCCCCCUGGCGGACAUCCUGCUCUUCAUCGAGCACAAGAGGAAGCGAUGCCACGGGCCGCCCUGCCUGGCCGUUGGCCGGGGGCUGGACAAGCCCCCCUCGCCCUCCCCGGGCCUGGCCCUCACCCCGUCGCCUGCGUUUGGCUCCCUGCGCAGCCGGAGGCCCGUGGAAGUGGGCGUCCAGGCCACCAUGGCGGACGAUGACGACGACCGCUUCCUGUUGCCUCGGGGGAUUUGCCCCAAACAGGAGCCCCUCCCAGGUAAGGAGGAGCCGACCACCUAUACCUGCACUACAUGUAAGCAGUCGUACGGCAGUGCCUGGUUUUUGCUGCAGCAUGCCCAGAACACCCACGGCUUCCGUAUCUACCUGGAAAGUGAACAUGGUAGCCCUCUCACCCCACGAAUGCGUGGGCCAUCCUCCCUGGGUGGGGGUGCAGACUGCCCUUCUCAGCCUCCUCUUCACGGCCUCCAUCUGCCUCCUGAUGCAAGCCCCUUCAACCUACUCCGCAUCCCUGGCUCGGUCUCAGGUGGAAGGGACAGCGUGGGAGUAGGGGGUGGAAUUGGUGCCAUUGGAGCCAUUGGCGCAGUUGGUGGGGGCCAUCAUCAGCGUUUCCCUCCUACACCACCCCUCUUCAGCCCCCCUCCAAGAAACCACCUGGAACCCCACCACCUGAGUCCAGAGGAGCUGGCGCUGGCAGCCCACCACCCGAGUGCCUUUGACAGGGUGCUGCGCCUCAAUCCCCCUCUGCCCCUGGACCCCCCUCCGACAAUGGACUUCUCGCGGCGGCUGAGAGAGCUGGCAGGCAACACUGGGUCCACUCCCCCGCUUUCCCCCAGCCGGCCCAGCCCCAUGCAGCGCUUGCUCCAGCCAUUCCAGACAGGAGGAGGAAGCGGAAGUGGAGGUGGUGCAGGGGGCAGCAAACCUCCAUAUCUUGCCACCCCACCCCCUCUCCCAGGGUCCAUGCAGUCACCUGUUGGUUCUCAGACCACUCCUACUACCCCUCUUCCCUCAACGGGGGCAACACCAUCCUCCACCACCCCCUUGAAAUCAAAGUGUUGUGAGUUUUGUGGCAAGGCCUUCAAGUUUCAGAGUAAUCUAAUAGUGCACCGGCGCAGUCACACAGGGGAGAAGCCGUACAAAUGUCACCUGUGCGAUCAUGCUUGUACACAGGCUAGCAAACUGAAACGCCACAUGAAGACACAUAUGCACAAAUCCUCCUCGCCAAACACAGGCAAGUCAGAAGAUGGUCUCUCGGCAGCCUCCUCUCCGGAGCCUGGCACCAGCGAGCACUUGGGCAGUGCAAGCAAUGCCCUUAAGUCAGUGGUGGCCAAGCUGAAGAGUGAGAAUAACCGCAUGCUACGUGAAAAUGGGGAAGAGGAGGAGGAGGAAGAGGAGGAGGAAGAAGAAGAAGAGGAGGAGGAAGAGGAGGAGGAGGAGGAGGAAGAGGAGGGAGAGGAGGAAGAAGAGCAAAAUGGAGAAAGGGCAGCCAGAAGAAACAAUAGUUAUCACUUUGGUUUGAACCUUGAAGCAGCACGACAGCAUGAAAACAACGGUGGUAUAGGAAGCCGACUGGGUGGCGUUGCUGAUGAGGGGUCCAUCCCUCGCUCACUGCCUGAAGUGAUGCAGGGGAUGGGCCUAGCUGCUAGCAUGCAUCACUUCAGCGAAGCCCUCAGCGCACACAAACGAAACGCUAUGGCUCAGGAGAACCACCUGCAUCACCUCAACCAAGACCAUCACCACAAUCGUGAGAUGUGUGAUGGGGACUCUGUGUUGGAAACAGAUCGUGGGGCGGAGGGCUCUGUCUCGACAGUCAAUGGGCGAGGAGCAUCCCCUAACGAAUCUGCCUCUGUUGGCCUCUCUAAAAAACUACUUCUGGGUAGCCCCAGUCCACUCAGCCCUUUCUCCAAACGUAUCAAGCUGGAAAAGGAAUUUGACCUGCCCACUCCCACAAUCCCUAACACGGAGAACGUCUACUCCCAGUGGCUGGCUGGCUACGCCGCCUCCCGACAACUCAAGGACCCUUUUCUGAACUUUGGGGAUUCCAGACAAUCGCCCUUCGCCUCUUCCUCUGAGCAUUCUUCAGAGAAUGGUAGUCUGCGUUUCUCGACCCCUCCGGGGGAACUGGACGGUGGGAUGUCAGGCCGCAGUGGUACAGGCAGUGGGGGCAGCACACCACACCUCGGGGGUCAUGGGCGACCCAACUCCAAGGACGGCCGUAGGAGUGAUACUUGUGAGUAUUGUGGCAAGGUGUUUAAGAACUGCAGUAACCUGACAGUGCACCGGCGCAGCCACACAGGGGAGAGACCAUACAAGUGUGAUCUGUGCAAUUAUGCUUGUGCCCAGAGCUCCAAACUUACUCGCCACAUGAAGACCCACGGUCAGGUGGGCAAAGACGUGUACAAGUGUGAAAUUUGUAAGAUGCCCUUCAGUGUCUACAGCACCUUGGAGAAACACAUGAAAAAAUGGCACAGUGACCGUUCUUCGAGUACCGAAAUCAAAUCAGAGUAGAAGGCCGAACUAUGGGACCUUUUCCCCGCAGCUACAGUAUGUCCACCAUUCGUCCCCUGUUUAUUCCCAGCCCCUUGUAGAUUUGCCCCAACCCUAACACUCCACUUUCACCAGUCUGGUGGAAGCUUAAGACCAUGUGCUCUGCACCAGCACACCCCGUUUCCAUUACCCAUUGAAUGCAUGAUCUGUAUCGGGGCAAUACUCUUGCAUUGACGCAAAACUUCGAGCCUUUCUCUUGUGCAAUAAUUUACAUGUUGUGUACUAUUUUCCUUUUUGAGUUUUCCUUUUCCAUUUUUAAGAAUUAGUCAGCAUGCAUAGUAUGUUUUUGCUAAUCAAAAAAAGAAAAGAACUUGUCCCUGGUUGGUUAGUUGUUGAGUAAAUGUGUUGCUGUUUUUCUCUUGUUCUGUUUUUUUCUUUUUAUUCUUCAAAAAGAGAAAAGACAAGAAAGAUACAUCCAUGCUGCAUACAUUCUGUAACACAUAUCAUGUACAGUUUUGUUUUGUAACAUGGAAAGUGAACAGUCUGUGACUUGACCCCCUCCUCUUACAACCCUGGAAAUGCACUCAUCCUGAUCUUUCUAAAAGACGGCAUGUUCACACAGGGUUACAAAAAAAUCAUGCAUUGGCUUGAUGACUAAACUGAAAGUAACGACAAACAAAUUUCUUUCAAAAAGACAUGGGUGUGCUAAGAAGUCAAUUUGUACUAUCAUUUGGUAGAAACAGAAAGAGUGCCUUUGAUAUCUCAAGACUGCAUUGGCCAUAAUCUUAUCUGGUAUAAGUUUGGGGUCACGUUAGAUAACGCUAAAAGGUUCAAGCCACCCAGGAAAGGUCCUUGCAUCAAGCACCUGACUGCUCAAAUGGAUUGUGACAACUCAUGAUGAAGGAUGAGAGAGUUCUCGUUAAUCAUCAUUUAGCUACCUAUUACAUGUUCAAUAGGCUAUCUUUAUUAUGUGGAUUUCAUGGCAAGCAUGGUACAAGCAGUAUUGUGUAUAUCAGAAUUAUUUGUAGUUUUGUUUCUGGUAAGGAGGUACUUUUGAGAUAAAGGUAAUCUGUAAUGUACAAUCCUGAAUUUGAGGGUUACAGCGCAUGGCUGAGAAGUGUCAAUGUAUCUGCGUUAGCACAAACCUAGAACGCUGUUUCGAUAUGUCAGUGUGUGGAACAAUGCAUAAAGUAAUAUAUCAGCUCCAAUCAAGAUUAACUUCGUUUGAGAGCAUUGAAAUAACUACAAGCUAGACAGACAGAAAGCUACACAGAACUGGAAGCAUUAUAUAAAGGGAUCAGAGGCAAUCUGUUUAACUUUACAUUUCUAAUAUCAAAACAGGGUCAUUACCAAGAAUUGCAAAAAAGAAAGAAAGAAAGAGUUGCAAAAAAACAUCUGUAGUCCAGGGCUCUUGAAAAGAGUGAAUGCGAUAAUUUUAAUCAGCAGGGCACUUUUCAAUCCAAAAGGAAUUUUUAUUUUCCUUAUCGAGUUUCAUUCAAGCUGUUCACAGUAUAGCACUUGUCACUCUGCCUGAGAGUAAGUACCAACAUCUCUCUUGCAUUUUCCCCACACUGAUGCAAUGUUGGUACAUGGGUUGAGUCCAAAAGCUACAUUGUCAUUUAUAGGGCAUGAAGUGCACUCUUUCAAUUUUUCCCAGUUUACAAGUUUACGCUGAAGGGGAAAACAUUGUUGAGAUGCUGUUAGAUGACAAGGGUCCCAUUGUUAAAAGCAGUAAAAGAUGAGACACAUAAUCUGUUGCCAGCAAAACCCACCUCAUGAACCUUAACCUUUGUACCCCUGCCGUUCCACCUUUGACCAUUUGUCAAUUUGUUACCCCUAGAAACCCCAGUGCUUGGCCUGGGCUGAACAUUCACCCUGUCUGCAAGGUCUGUAAAUGAAAAGGUUUGACGUUGAGUUACAUAUGUAACCAGAGUCUCUACACAUUCACAGAAUUGACUCCUUCUCAUUGGCUACAAAGCACCUUUUAUCAAGGAGCUGUCAUCUACCCCUGAAUAAUCUACAGACCUUGCUGGCUUCACAACAGACACUCAAAUCUCGUUGCUCACACUGCGAUAAUCUGUUUUUGUAUAAAUCUUCCUUUAAUUAUAGAUAUGAAAAUAAACGUUUUUGCAAAUAACACUUCACUAUCUUUUAGGGGGGAAACUGUAUUUAAGUUUUGUUGUCGUUUCUCUUUUCCUCAGUGUCUUGGUGGUGUUCAAGACUCCGAUCACAGUAUAUAUGAAAUGAUAAGAAAGAAAAUAGACGAAAAAAAAAAUAAAUCCUGUGAUUGUUUUGUAUUUUAUUUUGCCUUGGCUCUUCACAGCUCUUCAGGUUGAAAUACAAUUUGCAUUGGGGAAAGGAUUAAGAUUAUAUAUGGAUAUAUAAUAAAGAACUUAAAAUAUAGGAAAAUGCACACUCAUGUCGAUUCCUAUGCUUAAACACAUUUAUGGUCUACUUUUUCUGUAUUUCUAGAAUUGUAUUUGAAUUCAAUGUUCACUUAGAGUAGGCACUAUAGUAUUUAUAUUGAGGCUCGUAUUUUUAACUGUUGCUUGUUCUCUCUAAAGGUAUUUACCAUACCUUUUUUUGGUAGUGGAAAAAAAAAUCCCAAGCUGCCACGGUAUAUUUUUUUAAUUUGGCAGGAUAAUAUAGUGCGAAUUAUUUGUAUGUUUAAAGAAAUAAAAGGAAAAACCCCAUAAAAAGCAGCUAAAGUAUGUGGCAUUGGGAGGCGUCACGGGCCAUCAGAUGGCCGCCGCUCUGUUUCCUGUCCACAGAGGUGGUUGUACAUAUCUUCUUUGGUUUUUGGUUCGGACCCCUCACCCCCCCUCCCCCCUCCCCCCUCUGCUGCCAUUCUUGUAUGCAGUAAUGCAAGCUGACGUCGGCCUGUUCUGUUGUGUGCUUCUGUCUCUCUCACCCCUCCCACCUGACUACAUUCCAACAUCAAGAAGAGAGGAAAAAAAGAAAAAAAAAAAAAAAACUUCAUAUGCAGUAAAUGGAUUACGAGAAAAAAAAGCGUCAAAAUAAAUACAUUUAAAAAGAAACUAAAUGUUUUGCAGUUUUUUUUCAUUGCCAAAUACUAAAUGGUGCUUUAUAUUUUAGAUUGGGUAUACUUUCAUAUGCAAAGCAUAUUUAAAAAAAAUGACCUGGGGGACGUGGAGAAGCCUGCUUAAGUUGAGACUUUUUUGUAAAUGGCAAUGCGGAAUAUUUUGUUAUCAGCCUUUUCUAUUCCUAUUCUGAGAGCUGUAUGUUGUAACUUGAACUUGAACUUUAUCUUUUACUACGGGAGUUACUAUUUAUUAUUACCUUUAUGCUCUGUUCAAAACGGAGACAUGGAAUGGAUCCUUAUUCUUGGUUUAUUUUUUUAUUUUUUUUCAUUUUUGGUUAUGAUAUCAUUUGGACUUAUUUUUCUUUUUGUAACGGUGGCCUAUGGUCAUUGGACAAACCUAGCUCUUUCAUUUCUGUUGUACUUUCUGGGGUCUCUGUUCAGUUGUAUUGGGAAAACCACUGUCUGUGUUUUCUGGCAGAUGUCUGCAUAAUCCUGUUCACACACCCAUUUUGUCCCUUUAUCGAAAAACAAUUAAUAAAAAAAAUGAAAGUA